AUGUCUCCCCACACACCUUUUGCAACGUUUGGGCCUCAUACGCCACCUACGCCUUCUAGUGAUGGGGGCCCCUUACUUGGACUCCCGCGCUCACACGACUCUGUCUCCCCGGCCUCAUACGCAAGCCAUCCUACAUCCUCCUCAUUCGACGAUUCGUCUUCGGGGCAUCCAGCAUCGUCUGCGGGCUCGGGUAUUGCGCAUAUGACUUCACAGGGUAUGGGACAUGCUGCAACUUCGUCGGUCUCCACUGUCACCCCUGGAUCGCCGCCAAUCGUCGCCGCGCCACAUCAGCAGCAGCAGCAGCGUGCGCAGAUACGCCAACGCCCGAUUAUGCCGAUCACUGCAGCAACGACAACGGCUCAGGCAGGUCCCGCACGCCCUCCAAUCGUACCGAAGCCGCCCGCCCCUCGCCCCGCAACAAAUCGAAGAGCUCGUGCUCCAAAGCGACCAAGGCCAUCGACAUCUCAGGGCGGCGGCGGCGGCGGGGGUGGCGACAGUGACGAUGAUAGUGAUGACGACGAUGUAGUAGAAUGGACUGGACCACCUAUGCCUCCACAAGGCGCAGCUACAGGGAUGCCGGGUCAACGCAAGUGA